GGGGAUCGGUGCAGCGACAACAACAAAAAGUCGGAAGGCUUCAUAAUACCGGGAGGCUGACUCACCACCAAGGACAUGACUGAACCAACACACCCCCGGAACAGCCAUGACUCCCCAACCCACAGACCAAAUGGAGUCGCAUGUCCUAUAUCUUAACUUAUUCCCACAUCCGCGGUAUAGACUACCGGCGUCGGCCUCGGAUGUCGAAUAACAAGACUCCGCCUCUUUCAUCGAUCGCUCCGACCCGAGUCUACCACGGCCCGGCACCCUGCGCCCGGCCGGUCGAUCGCAGUGUAACCACCAAGCACGUCCACCUCCAACGUCAACCGGCCGGGCAGACACCGCGGCUGCCACAAGCGCUGCAGUCGCCUCCUCCACUCCGCGGUCCAAGUCCUCCAGCUGCCGGUCCGAAAACCCCCCUCCAAGCCGGUCCAGCGCAUCAAAUCCGAACCAUCUCCCUCCGUCGCUGCAUUUGCAGCCGAACCCAGGAAGCAGAUGUCACACAACAAGGGCGUGCACUCUCCCUGUACGACCGCUCAAACUCUAUUUCGGCAACACAAGAUCGUUCGUCGCGGGGAAAUUGCGUGGGUGUAUGCGCGGGUGAUGGACGCCUAGUCUGCCCUCGUUCAAUGAUGUUGCAGUUGGGGUGUCGAACGAGGUAUGUGAGGUUUGAAUGGGUAGCACGGCGCUGUGGGGGAGGACGGCUAGGCUAUGUCAAUGUUGCAACUAGGCCGGGCGUUGAAAGUUUGAAGAGGUGGCACUGCGCCAUAGGAGAGAGCUUGGUCGAUGUCAAUGUUGCAACCGGGGCGUUGAAGAUCGAAGACUGGAUGCCCAGGGCGUGGAGAUCGUGGAGUCCGCCUCUUGAACGUUGUAUAAAGCCGGGCUUUCAGUCCUCCUCCCACUAGUCGUCUGCAAACAGUCCUGACGAACCAACUACCUACCUCUACGGCCAGCACAUCCACGCGUCACGACGCUCCCAGAGACAAACCGACUACUUCAACGCAACA